AGGAACAGUUGGUGGAUGGCUCACCAACAGAUGCAGAGGAGAAGACGUCGCCGGGUCGCGCAGAGAAACAUGGCGCCACUUGCAAGGGUCGACGAGAGGCUGCUGGUGUCAUCGCUCUCCUGGGCGUCGGGGCCAGUCUGUUCGCCUUGACCACAGCAGUCCAUCAACUGCGGCCAUCCAACGGGUUGCCCCAGUUUUUCCCCAAGGACAGCAACCUGGGCGGUCUACAGGAGCUCCAACUGCGAUUUGGCAACGAGACCAGCGUGAACAUGCAGGAGAUGGCCAUGUGCAAUGGACAAGUGCAGACCUCCUGCAGGCCGAGAGAUCUCCCAAGCCUUCCGCUGCCGAGGCCAUCAGUGAAACCUUCCCGACCUGCCAGACCUUCCCGACCUGGCAGACCCUCGGGCAGGCCACAGCCGCCACCUCCACAGCAACCCAGGCCAGUGACUUCAGCGCCGACGCAAGGGCCGCCGCGGCGGCCGCUCGAGCUGGGUGAGGACUACAACGUUCGCUUGCGGGUGCAGGGCCCUGCAGAUCCGCAGGAGCUUGAAGUCCUGCGAGUUACUUGGCAUCUCCAACUAAAGCAGGUCAUUGACCUGCGCGACCAGCGCAUUCUGGUGGACUGGUUUCACGAGACGCUCCAAACAGCCCGACAGGAGAAGAUCCUGACGGCCUUGAAGUUGAAGCCAGAAGAUUUGGAGUUCGAGGUUCAGGCGGUGCCGGAUGGAUCGGGCCGCCGCUUGGAGGAGCUCGAGGUGACCCUCCACUUCCAGCACUUGUCGACGCAGCAGGAGCACCAGAUCCAAGACUUUCUCAAGCAGAAUCAGGAGCUCUUGCAAGCCUUCGGCGCCAAAGACGUGAUCACAACGGUCCCGCCCUCCCGCGCGACGGAACCCAUGCCCGAACCCAUGCCCGAACCCACGCCACAGGCCAAGACCUCCUCCCUAACAGUGGCCAGGACGACUACACCGCCGACCCGGCCGACGACUCGACGGCCGACGACGGUAGAGCAUCCAGCGACCACACGUGCACCAACCACACCGAGGUCACCAAGCGCCAGCACAUUGACCACCACCUUUCCCGUUUUACACCUUCAGAAGCGUGGCAUGGCCAAAGAUCGCCAAGCCCAAGUUUUCGUGGUCUUUGGAUUUCGGCAGGUGCCCGGCAGCUACAACUAUGUGCUCGAUGACUCCUUUGAUCUCUCUGCGCGCGAGGCGCAACUGGCCGUGGUGGAGUUCUGCAAGCUCUUGAGGCUCGAGAAGGCCUUGAAGGUAGUGCCUGGAGUGGGAAACUGCUGGCCUGAGAAGAUGAAGAUGUACAUGAACAUGCGCCAUUUGCCAUGGCCCACCUACAAUUUCUUCCCGGCACUGCAGCGCUUCGUGCGUGAGUCCGAGAAGUGGGUGGGUGAGCAUGUGGGCAUGGAUCAAGGUGCAGUGCAAUGGUGUCAAAUGGACUUCAACGUGGAAGUCGACAUUUGGAGUUCUGGACGACAAGUGCAGCCCUAUAUGGAUCUGUGGGACGAGACGGUAAGCCGCGUGCUGCGCGCAGCCAGCGAGAAGUAUCCAGGCUCUGCAGCCUAUUUGGGCUCUCCGGUGCCGGUCUCGGAUCUCUUUCAGCGAGCAGAGGCGGAAAACCGCGUGGUGAAUUCCGCCCUGUCCAGCUGGGUGGUCAGCGUGGGAUGUGCCUUGGUAGCUUUGGCCUUCUUCACUCGGAGCUGUUGGCUUUCCGGCCUCGCUUGCUUUGCCAUGCUCUCGACUGCGGCCUGUAGCCUCUUCUUCAUUACCAGCGUCUUCCACUGGAGUUUCGGUCUCAUGGAGGCGGUGUCGCUCAUCAUCUUCUGCGGCUUCUCGGUGGACUAUCCGCUGCACGUGGUUCAGGCCUAUGUGCAGGAACGCCAGAAAGGCGCCCACAUUCGCCAUGCCUUGCGGGAGGUCGGCAGUGCUGUCGCCUCAGGCUGUGUGACCACGUGUGGCGCAGCGCUGUUUCUGCUGUUCUGCCAGAUCCGCAUCUUCACGCGCUUCGGCCAGGUCUUGGUGGUGAACAUGCUGUGCUCCUUGAUCUUUGCACUGCUAUGGAUCCCUGCUGUCUUGGAGCUCUGCAGGCCGAACGUCACGCCUGUAUCUAAGGACGAGGAAGGCUUUGCCAUGGGCUUGCUGGGUGAGUCCGCAGGAUCCGCAGGUCGCCGAAGCACUCCAGGCCCCUCUGCACGUGACGAUCGGCUGAUGCUGGAGAUGGAAGAGUCUGAGGCUGGAGGUUUUUCAGCGCUGCAAGGCCGGGAGCGCCUGCUCCGCGGAGCGGUGCUGGGUACGGACUUCCUCCGCCGGGGUCCGGAACAUCGGCGAAACCGGCCACCACACGGUGAGUCGGAGUGAGGUGGCCAUUGGAACCUGAGUGAUUCCUGGCCGGAGUCAUAUCAUGGGCUUUUUCCGAUCAAACAGAGGUCAUAUCACGGGUUCUAGGAUGUUCUAUGGUAUAUACAGGACCCCCCCUUAGAUGGUGACGGUCGGAGCUGGAAGCAACCUGUCUGUGUUCAUUAGACUCACGGUUGUAGAGUUGUAGAAAGAUGCACUCAAUCCACACUGAGAUUCAGAUGCUGAAGCUUGAAUACAUUUCUAGCAUUCUCUUUAUGAUGGGAUUGAUUGC